AUUCCUUUACUGAAGAAUGCAGCGGUUUGCGACGUUGAGUGUCUUGGCGGCUUGCGCGUCGGUGGCCCCUGCGGCGGAUGUGAACGAGUGGCCCUCCAUUGAGAACGACCAUACCAAGCUGCAGAUCGUGUUGCCGGAAUCCUUGCAGAAGAAGGACGGAUAUGUCCACAAGGACGCGUUGUUUGGGUACCCUGGCUACAACGUGGGGUCGCUUCAGACUCAGUUGAUCUACGUGAACGGCACAGGCUGCGAAGACUUCCCCAAGGGGGCGAACUGGGAACCUCCCUAUGCACUCAUGAUUGACCGCGGGGACUGCGUGUUUGUGGAUAAAGUGCGACGAGCCCAACACGCUGGAGCUAGAGCCGUCAUCAUUGCAGACAACAAGUGCUUGUGCUCAGACCUAGACUGCAUGCGUCGAACGGGUGAUUCCUUUUGCGAAGUCGUCCUGCCGUACAUGAACGAUGACGAGUCUGGCGGCGACAUCACGAUCCCAUCGAUGAUGAUUCGCAAGGCUGACGCGGACGAUAUCAAGAAAUCGAUUUCCCAAGCGAAGGGUGUGAGCAACGUUAUGGUCAAGUUCGACUGGGGUAUCCCAUCGCCCGACGGACGCGUCGAAUGGACCAUGUGGCACAGUGCAUGGGACGAACAGAGCACGGCGUUGCUCAAGGCGGCGGAAACCAUUGUGGAUGCGCUGGGCGACCGCGCGUUCUUCACGCCGCGUUUUGUCAUGUACAACGGGUCGAAAGUGGGCUGCGACAUUCACGACGGCGUCGACCCCUGCGGCAACAUGUGCAUCAACAAGGGUCGGUACUGCCUCAUGGACCCAUCGCCGUUCCACGACCGCACGGAAGGCGCGUCUGGCGCGGACGUGGUGAUCGAAAACCUCCGUCGCAAGUGCAUUUGGGACAUUACGUCCAAGGAAGACCCUGGUGUGGGCAAGAAGUGGUGGCGCUACGUGAACAUCUUCGCAGACGAGUGCAACACCCGCGAGGAGACGUUUAUGAGCAAGCGGUGCGCGCUGGACGUGAUGAAGAAAGUCAAGAUUGACGUGGGCGCCGUUGAAGAAUGCAUGCAGCCGUUCGGCCCCAACUUGGACGAAGUGAACCCGUGGCUCGAAGCCGACUUGAAGGAGCAGACUGCGCUGCAGCUGCUGCGUCUUCCGGCUUUGUUUGUCGACGGAGUUCACGCCCGCGGUCGGAUCGACGCCAGUGGCAUCAUGAACAUGGUGUGCGCCGGGUAUGGCAUCCACGACCCCCCGGCCAUCUGCAGCUGCUCGGACCAGAACAACAUGGCGCUGAUCAACUGCAUCAAGCAAGGAGGCGCGGUCAACGGCGCAGCAUUGGGCGGCGGUGUGAGCUUCACCACGUUGGUGUUUAUCUUGGCGUUGGCGGGCGUGGCGGUGGCGUCGGCUGGCUUCGUGUACUGGAAGCGCAGCCAACGGCAGAUGCGCGACCAAGUGCGCAGUAUUUUGGCCGAGUACAUGCCGUUGGAAGAUCAGUCGGACGAGAUGGACAGCAUGAUUGGCGGGACCAAAUUGCACCCGGCGGCGAUGGCGGCGGCCAAGAGUCCCCGUGGAUACAUGCCCACGAACGGGUUUGUCAUGACGGACGACGACGACCGUGCAUGAGCGUACUAGUUACUGCCAGUAACCAGCGUAAUAUAGUGGCGACAGGAGCCAACCUCGUUUUGAAUCAUUCGAGUAAGACACUAUAGUGGAUUUGGUA